AUGAAUUCCAACCUCGAAAUGAAUGGCACCCUCGAAAUCAACAAUAUUAACAAUGUGAUAAACCCCAAUUGUAUAUUUUCUAAUUUUCAAAAUGAAACAAACAAUUAUGGUAGAUGGGAUGGUGUAAUAUAUGUUAAUGAAAAACAAUAUGAUAGAAUUUUAAAAAGACGAAUGAAUAAAAUAAAGCAAGAAAUGGAAAAAAAAAAAAAAAUCAGUGUCUAUGUUAAUAUUCAAAAAAAAAAAAACUCUCAAAAUAAUGCAAUUACUACCAAUAGUCGAAAUUCUGGAGGUAUUGAAAAUAUAAACAAAAUUAAUAAUAUAAAUAAUGUUGCUAAUACUGCAAAAAUAGUAAAUUCAAAUAUUCAUAAUAAUAUGAACAGAUUUCUAACUAAUAAUGAACAUUACAACAAUGGCAAUAAUACAAUCUAUGGAUUUGAUAUAAAUAAUAAUGACUCGAAAUAUAACUCAAAUCAAUAUAAUAAAAAUAAUGAUAAUAAUUAUGCACAAUUUUAUGAAAAUAUAAAAUAUGCUUCCUACAUGAAAAAUUCAAAAAAUAAUGACAAAAAAAAUAACGGACAUAAUGUGAAUAUUUGUAAUAUAUCGAAUGGGAACAACCAAACAAAUGGAUAUAACAAUCAAAUAAAUAAUAACGAUACAGAUAAUACAUACCUAAAUAAUUACAAUAUCAUGUACAAUUCUAAUAUAAAUCCUUCCGAUGAUUAUAAAAAAUAUAUGAAUAUGUAUGAUAUAAAUGCGCGAAACACUGUGAAUAAUAUCGAAUUGACAGAUGGGCAAAUUGUUAACAAUUAUAACGAAACAUAUCAUAAAAUAGGAAAUGUAAGCAAAUAUAAUAGCGUACCAAACCUUUCGAACAUUGGAAGCAUUCCAAAUGUCGUUACAUUAAAUAAUGUAGAAAUUGGACAAAAUGUGGGUAUUAACAGAAAUACAAAUCAAAUGGAUAAACUCAUAAUUAUGAAAAAUAACCAAAAUAUGAUGCAUGUAGAUAAUAUUAAUAAUUUUAAUAAUUUUUCUGUUCCUUUGAAUAGAAGUUACCCUUAUUCCCCCUAUGACGAAUGA